AUGGAAAGAAAACUCCUGAAGAAGCAGAUUGAAAAACUCCUGGGAGAUUAUGUUGGCAUCAGACUACGAGAAAAAGGAUUCGAUCCAAGAGGACAAAGGCAGUCCACCUUUCUAGAUGACAUGGUCCAUUACAACUUAGCCCUCAGUGUUGCUUUGAUGUGGUUACGUGACUCAGAUGCUCAGACUACACUGACAAGAGAGAAAAUGAAUUUUGCAGCUCGCACUCGAUACACAUAUCCCAACCGCACUGAGAGAGAAGCUAUGAUAUUAUCUUCAUAUGCUGGAAUACUAAUGAACAGCAUACCUAUAGAAGAGAUCUUUGAGAUUUACAGCAUGAGGCCCUCAGCAACACACCGGCAGAGCUCUGCAAAAGACCACUGCAUUCAACCUUUCAAGAUCUCCUCCCUGCAUCCAUCUGCCAUGCUGACUGCCCCACAAGCUGCAGAGUAUGCCUGGAAGAAAAGCAUCAAGUACCAGACACCAACAACACAUCAAAAGCAAGGCCCUCAUUCAGCAAGGAGAGCUAAAAAUGACUGCAAGCAACUGGACACACUGACCAGAGGAAAGCUACAGGGUGACAAAGGAGCUACAGAAGCAAAACAAGGAAUUUCUCCAAGGAAGCCUGGAACAAACUCAAAAGUGAGGAAAGCAAAUGAAGCAAAGACAUAA